CUCGUACUCCAUCAUCAAAGUUUGAUACUUACGCAACACCACCGCCCCGUUCUCGUUUCUCGUUCACGUUCGGCGUGAACCAACUGGUCUACAGAAUGAAUAAAUGCGCGAUAUUAAGCACAGCUGGUACUAAAAUUGAUUGGGAGUUCAUAAUUAGUAUCAAGCUAUAUGCAGACGUUUCUCGGCAACGGGAGCAACGCUAUACAUUAUUAUAUCUUCUCGUUGCUCCCGUAAGGGCGGCCAGCCAUUUAUUCCCUCUCUUGGAGAUUGAACGUUGGCGAGGGCAGACUGCGAAAGUAAUAAAAAGACCUUUUAUUGAGAAGUUAAUGUUUAUGACUAUAUCCGUCUCGUAUGAUUGUAUUUAUCAAAACCAAGGAGAGGCCGUACCCGUAUAUCCUGUUCUUUAUUUGUCUACACCUAACCCGUAUAUCCUGGGGGGCUCGCGCAAAAUAAAGUUUGUUGUGGGUUGA